CCCGCCUCUGUCACGUCACAACCCCGGCCACAACAACAACAACAACAACGGCCGCCGCUCCAGGAGCCAGCCAAGGCCGAGAAUCCUCAGCGGUGCUUGCGGUGCUCGCGGGUCAAGCGCGGAGAUGGCGUUGCGGCAGGCGCUGGGCCGGGGAGCGCGGCUGGGCCGAGGCCUGCUGUGGCGCUGGUUCGGCGGAGCGCCUCCACCUCCUGCGCCAGCCCCGCCGGCCUCCUUUCUCCUCCCCCGCCCGCAGCCGCCGAGACCGGUCCAUUCGGGCUUCCUACGCGAGGCCGCGGCCCGGCUGGGCCUGACCGGAGGACCUCCGUCGCCGGGCCUGCUGCUGUUCCGGCAAAUAGUCCCCCGUGUUCCCCUCGGGCCCCGCCGCCUUGGCUUGGCCUUCGGCCUCGGGCUGGCGCUGCUGGAGCCGGCGUUGGCCGAGCAGAGGCAGGCGACCGAGGCCUGCAAGGGCAUCCAGAUGAUAUUUAUCCAGAGGAACAAGCCUCAGAGAGAGCCCCUAGGCUUAUUCCGUCAGCGAGGCUUCAAACUGGAAGAGUACUUCAUUGGCCAACCCAUUGGCAAAGGCUGCAGUGCUGCUGUGUAUGAAGCAAUGACCCCUUUCGCUGCCCCUCAGAAAGCAAGCUCGGAGCCAAAAGCUGACAAUUCUGAUCAUCGUGGCGUUUCAGACAUCCAGGCUGGAGGGGAAAAUCCUUGCCAAGUUGGUUGCUGGAGAACUGAUUUCCCAUUGGCUAUCAAGAUGAUGUGGAACAUUUCGGCUGGCUCUUCAAGCGAAGGCAUCCUCAGCAGCAUGUCACAAGAGCUUGUUCCAGCCAGUGGCACCGCCUUAUCUGGAGAAUUUGGCACCAUCGCUUGUCCCAGGCAUCUUGGAAAGAAGAGGCUGAAACCUCACCCAAACAUAGUCCAGGUGAUUCGUGCCUUCACAUCUCAUGUCCCGCUGCUCCCUGGUGCGACAGUGGACUAUCCAGAUGUUCUGCCCUCUGCCCUGAAUCCCUCUGGAAUUGGGCACAACCGCACACUCUUCCUGGUGAUGAAGAAUUACCCUUGUACGCUGCGUCAGUAUCUCUGUGGGAGGAGCCCAACCGCCCCUCUGGGCACCAUGAUGAUCCUGCAGUUACUGGAAGGGGUGGACCACCUCGUUCGGCACGGAGUGGCUCACAGGGAUUUGAAGUCUGACAACGUCCUUGUUGAGUUUGAUUCUGCUGGAUGUCCAGGGCUAGUCAUCACAGAUUUCGGCUGCUGUUUGGCUGACGAAAAGAUUGGCUUGAAGCUGCCUUUUACCAGCUGGUACGUGGAUCGCGGGGGCAACGGCUGCCUCAUGGCGCCAGAGGUGGUCACCACAGUCCCUGGCCCAGGAGUUGUGAUAGACUACAGCAAAGCAGACACGUGGGCGGUUGGGGCCAUGGCGUAUGAGAUCCUUGGUGCCUGUAACCCCUUCUACAGCAAAGGGAGACCAGCGCUGGAAAGCAGGAGCUAUCGAGACGAGGAUCUGCCGCCCUUGCCGGAAGCUGCGGCCCUGGAAGUGAAGAAACUGGUAAUGAUGCUGCUUCGGAAGGAUCCCACAAAGAGGGUCUCCGCGCGGGUUGCCGCCAAUGUUCUCCACCUGAACCUCUGGGGUGAAAAUAUUCUCCGCCUGGAGGAUUUGAGACCCGCCAAGAUGGUUGGCUGGCUGCUUCGCCAAUCCGUCGCCACCUUACUGAUGGACUGUCUCGGAGACAGGAGCCGGGUCGAAACGAAGCUGAAGAGAUGCUUUUUGGCAAACCUGGAGUAUGAAGAUCUCUUUGAGGCAGCAGCCCUGCUCCAUUCGUGGAGAAGUGCAACAUCAUGAGGAGCUCCAAUCCGCUCGCGCCUUGUGCUGCAAUUGCCUCCAAUGUUUCACUAAAAGCACUUAAUUGGGCUCAGCCCCCUCCUCUUCUUUGCUGGCCUAAAUAUACUCUAGGUAAGAAGCCACUUUCAGGAACUGGAGCAUUGUAGGUGCAAACGUAUGUUGGGUUUGGGGUGGUCAUUGCUUUUAGCCUCUAAAGAAAUUCAGGUUGGUUGUGUUGUGUGGCGUUGCUUUGAAACCAGAAAGUAACUCUGGCUACUGUUGUUUCUUUUUCAGAACUGGGUCUCUGCUUCAAACAUCUUAAGAGUCCCUGCUGGGAGGGGAGGGAGUGUUGAUACAAAACAGCCUUCCCGAACCUUGUGCCCUCCAGAUGUUGUGCUGGCUCAGGCUGAUGGGAGUUGUUCCAAACAACAGGAGGGCAUCAGGUUGGGGAAGGCUGAUGUAAGAUAUUACAAAUGUGCUUGUAUCUCAUGUUAACUUUUCUCCAUUAAAAAAAUAGCAAUGAAACGA